ACCUGACACGGUAUUAUAAAUAUUGCACAACGCCGUACGUAUGCGGCAGUCAGCUGAACGAAGGAAACCUGAAUUUGACAUUUAAUGCAAAGAAUCAUUUGAGAUCUAGAAAGACAAAUGGACUCGCUGAAGAGCAAGUGCUUGACUGCGGCCAUUUUGCUGGUUGCUAUGGCAAUAAAGACAGACGCCAUCACCCCAAAGGUCAUCCAAGGUGUCGUUGAGGCUGAACGAAAGUUGACAAGAGGUGGUGCCCCCGGAAGUGCCUCUGUUGAAUGUCAAAAUGCCAUUGAUGUCCUUUCAUAUCCGACAUCGGGACAACUUCGGGAAUAUGUUUUUGAUGCCUUUGGCAAGCCACAAGCAGGCAUAUUACAAGGAAAUCUUCGUUGGCUUGGUCAUUAUGAUGAAUGCCGCUCCAUCAUAGUUCCUGAAUACAAUAUUUCUUAUAAAUACUGUGCAACGUUUUUAAAUGUCAACAUUACAGCCUUGACAAAAACUCAGACUCCACAGGCUAUGUUAACCUGGGGUGUAUGUGUGCCCAAGGAAUGCUCUGAGAAAGAUGUCCAGUACUACCUGAAUUACUUCUUAGAAACAUUGAACUUGACAAAGUAUGUUCAGCCAUUAAACGAUGAAUCCUUUGUUAGCUGUGCUUAUGAGGACCAUAUACCUUUCACUGCGGGGUUCAUAGGUACAAUCACCCUGUUUAGUGCUAUUUUCUUGCUGAUGUUGCUUGGCACGGCCUACGACUGUUUCCUGCGGUAUCGCAAGCAGAGUUCCUCCAAACUGGUCGUCUAUACCAACAGCAAUACAAACACUUCAGCCCAGAAUGGUAGGGCAGGCGAGACGCUCAUUGACGACGGGUCACCAGAGACUAAGGAUGACGAUGUACCACUCAUACUUGUACAGCAACCACCAAAAAGGGCAAUCUGGGAGCAGUUCCUUCUGAGCUUUGCCGUCAACCGAAACCUGGUCAAGCUGCUAAGCACCACUGCGGGCCAGGACAGGUCCAUUGGCUGUUUAAAUGGACUGCGUGUGCUGAGUAUGGGUUGGGUCAUCCUUGGACAUGCCUUCUUUUUCCCCAGUCAGAUGGGGAUCAUAGGUAACAUACCAAUUGCAGCAGAGUGGUUCCAACAGUUUGCCUUUCAGUUUGUCGGAAACGCAUUCUUUUCAGUAGACAGCUUCUUCUUCAUGAGUGGUCUUCUUCUGACCUAUAUCACUCUCAAGAAGAUGUCUAAGACCAAUGGGAAGAUUCCCUGGGGGUUGUUCUAUUUCCAUAGAUACUGGCGCCUGACCCCAGCUAUUCUGGUCACCACACUGAUCUGGAUGUACAUCAAGCCUUGGGUGGGUGAUGGUCCCCUCUGGAGGUCAUUUCAGAACACUGAGACCUGUUCCAAGUACUGGUGGACAAACAUCCUUUACAUCAACAACUUCUACCCACAACAAUUUGCUCAAGAGUGCAUAGGAUGGGUAUGGUAUCUUGCAAAUGAUAUGCAGUUUUUCGUCAUUAGUCCUCUUAUCCUGAUUCCUCUGUUCUACAUGCCCUGGUUAGGGCUCACUAUUAUAGGUGUUCUUCUGGCCUGUAGUUUUGCAGCAACUGGUGCCUUGGUUUGGAUAAACAAAUUAGGAGCAAAUGGCAUUCAUUUACCAGAUGUAGAACCAACCGGAGCAGAUUUUAGUUCCAUUAUCUAUGGCAAGCCAUACUGUCGUAUUCCACCCUACCUUGUUGGAAUGGUUCUUGGUUACCUCAUGUAUAAACAAGGAGACAGGAAGAUUCGCCUGAACCCUGCCUUGGCAUCAUUAGGUUGGGCUGUUGCAGUAGCUGUCGGGAUGUCCUGUGUCUACGGUUUAUUAGGAGGUUACAAAGGUCACUUGACCUUGGCAGGUUCUAUGGUUUAUGAGAUGCUUAGUCGGUUUGCUUGGGGCGUCUUCCUUGCCUGGGUGGUUUUUGCAUGUAGAGAGGGCUAUGGAGGUUGGGUGAAUGACAUCUUAUCAUGGAGUUUCUGGUUACCAUUGAGUAGAAUGACAUACUCUGCCUACCUCCUGCACCCGAUCAUUAUCUUCAUAUUCCUUGGAAACACCAAGAAUACCAUGAUGGCAUCCCUUUGGCUUCAACCAACAUAUUUUGUAGGAUACUUUGUGAUGUCGUAUGGAGCGGCAAUGGUGAUGGCUAUGUUCAUUGAAUUCCCGUUUGCAAACCUGGAGAAGAUAUUCCUUCCGUCAAGGCAAGGAUAGGACUUAAUUGCCAUUUCUACAUCAGAGAGUAUAUA